GAUUUAAUGUAAAAAGAUGUGAAAGUUUUUAGCCAAUAACUGAGAUAGGCAGUCAAUAUAAACAGGAAAUAAGAGGACUAAACACAACCAUUGUUCUGUCACAUUAGCCAAACAUACAAAAAAAUGGCAGAAAUGAAAUCCAUGAGAGUUGUUCCUAGCGGGAAGAUUUAUAAACAGAUGUUUGAUGCACAGGUACAGCUGAAUCGCAGUCUCACUAAGGUCCAGCGAGACUCUACAAGUAUAACAAGAACCACAGCAGGGGGCAGUGCUAUACCUCUCGUACAUCUAUCUAAAGUUAAUGUUAUAGAAAUAAUCAGACUAGUCUCAUUGGUAAACAUUUUUCCUUGCAACAGGCAAUAUGCUGAAUAUGUUGGAACCCAAAUGAAGGAACCAGAGAGCUCACUAGAGGGGAAGGAAGUCAGGGGUCUACCUGAUGUCGUAGUAACAGCAAAAGAAAAAUCAAACAUUAUAGAGCGUAUAGCAGCAAGCAGGAAAGAGAGACAUGAGUCAACAGUAGAGGAGAUGCAUCAGGAACUUAGUGUGAUCAAUUCUGAGAUGGAGCCAGUGAUUGCAGAGACCUGUCAGAAUUUGUUGCGACGGUUAGAAGAGGAUGAUGUAGAAAUUGCUUCCAAACUCGCUAGAAUAGAACAAGAUGAUGACCAUACUGAGUUACUCAUUUGGAUGAACUGCAUGUGUUUGUGGGACCCACGUUCAGUCCAUUCAAGAAGGUUAGACAGUCGUGGAUAUUGGAACUGGAUGUCACUGAUAAACCAGACUGUGUUGAGUAAUCGUAGAGCAUACGGAGACUUGUAUGUUCGACUGUUGUCUACAGACAUUGAGAGGGAGAAAUCUCAGCAUACUGUAUGGAAGCGAAGAGUUGAAGACUGGAAAACACUCAAAACUGAACUGGCAAUACAAAAAUUCAGAAAGUUUAUGCAAGGAUGCAAAGGUUACAUCUCACCUCAUACAUCGCGCGCCGCUGCAUUAUAUGCUGAAAGAAACAGGAGAAUGUAUAUUCGUCUGUUGAUUGUUUACAGGGAUUUAAUGCCUCCAUCAUCAACCAAAACAUCUGUGUACCACUGGAACAAAGGUGUACAGGAUAUAUCUUUAGAAAUUGAUACAACCAAUCAGCUACACCUGUCAGCACUGCAUAAAGAGUACGAGAAUGUUUGUCAGAGCUGUCUCGAUGAAAUUGAAAGUAUAAAGAAUGAGCUAGUGGAGACAGGUGUGUGUACAGAGAGUAGAGCUAAAACUGUGGUGGAGGAAUUCAUGAUUCCGCUGGUAGGUGGUCGACAGAGAAUCUAUGAGCAGAACCUGGAGACUAUGGAGAAAUCUCUAGAAGAACAGAACAAGCAGACAACAGAGCAGCUGAAAUCAUUGUUCAAGUUUGCCCAGGGGACAGCACAUGUCUGGGAUGUACAUGAAAUUGGCUUGGCUCGCCAAGAGAGGGCGCUUCAGGAGAAACUAGAGCAGUGCCGACAGACUCAUGAUAACCAGAACCAGGACAAGGAGGCUCACCUGGAUAUCAUCAUGGACAGAAUGAGACAGGACGCCACUGAGAAAGCUCUCAAAGACAGUCUCAAAAGGGCAUUGGACAUGCUUGAAAAAAUUAGACAUGCAUAUGAGAUAUUCCACCAAGACCAGACAAACAUCGUAAAGGGAUAUCCAGACAUGGUGAAGUCAGAACUCAAGAAUUACGACGAGGCAUUAUUAAGACUCUUCAUGGUAGACAGAAAUAAACCAUUGGCACCGGAAGUUGAAGAGGCAGGUGAGGAAUCUGCUCCGGCCGAGUCAAAAUCGGUUGAGCCGGAACCUUCUGAUGAAGAAGAUGGGCCUGAAGGGAAGGCAAAGAGGAAAUCUUUUGUACCAAAGCCACAGAAACCAGCAACAGAUUUGCCAUCAGCUAUCAGCGAGGUGCUACAGACCAACAAAGGGAACACAUUCUAUGUGCUGACUGUUGCCGGGGAACAUGGUAUCCCUCCAGAGAAACAAACGGCUACAGAUACAAAGAAAGAAGAUGAAUCGGGAACCAGUGCAUUCAUGACAGAGGUGUCCAAUGUUUCCACAGAGCAAGACCGGAAACCAGACUAUAUUAGAAAUAUUGAUGUUCCAGACUCUGUUCUAAUUGAUAUCAAGAAAAUCAUUCGUAUGAAUUUCCUGAAUCAUCUAGAGGACUGGACAGAGCAAGCUUCUGAAAGAGCUAGUAGUGUUGUUGUUGCCAAGUGUGAGGAGCUGAACAGUGAGCUUGACCUGAGGUUACAUCUACAUAAACCUCGAGCUCGUAGAGCAGAAUAUGAUGUACACAAUGUUAGAGCAGCUGAGCUGGUGAUGCACUCGGAGAGGGUUACUCGGCACUGUAAGGGGAUACAGCAGGCCCUGACAGAGGUCCGAAACAGGUUCACCAACAUGACUAACGAGCACAAUGAUCUCGCUGCCAAAUUUAGACAGGACAUAGAGGCCCUAGAAGUGGUCUUCAUAAAUGCUACAAAAGCUUCAAAGUUGUAUAGUUUGAAGAAUCAGUUAAAUGUGGAGCUAGACAAGUUUAUGUCUGUGAUCAGGGCCUCUCUACGACAGUUCAGGCAACAUCUAGAUGAGACCCUGCAGAUGCUGAGGGAAUCUAAUGCUAGAUUUAUUAAAUCCUUCAAAGUCUUCAGUGAUGGAGGUAACUUUUGUCCUGAGGAGAUAGGCGAGUAUCGUAAAAGGCUUGAUAAAAUGGCGGGUAAUAUUGACAAGUCAGAGGGUGCUGUAAUGUCUGAUCUAGAAGAUAUGGAAUCCAAGAGACUUGAACAAGCUACCAAAGUUGCCAUGGAGUUUGAAGACAGAUUUAAGAGUCACAUGUUUGACUUGAUCUUCAUGGAGAAGAUAGCACGAUGGUUGACAAACACCCAGGUGAAGAUUAAAGCUGAGGUUGCCAAUAGCAACAGUCAGGCUCAGAAGCUUGCACAGCAUCUCAGUGACAUAGAGCGCAGGAUUGAUGCCUGUGAAAAACCUAAUCUAGAUAAAGAGCAAAUCACUGCUGAACAGUUAAAUGACAGCUUGAAAGGUAUUUUCGAAGCUUUCCAGUCUAGAAGUGAAUAUCUGAACUGCCUAAAAGAUCCUUCAAUGAGACCCCCGUCAGGAACCAUGCAAGGGGCACCAGCUGUAGGUGCUAGAGUUAAUUUUGUUCAGGAUGUGGGACCAACGCCUAUCAGUAAAGCAGGGAAACAGCCAUCAGAAGACCCUUCGGUAGGGGUCAUCAAGGGAAUCAUGAAAUUGAACAAGAGCAAGUUAAGAUUUGGACUGGAUGCUGAAUUAGAUGGUGACUAUACUCAAUCAAAUGAGACGAGGGAAAAGAUGAAGUCGUCAAUGUCAACCAACACAUCAUCUGACCGUGGAAAGUUGGUACAGAGUCGGCACGGUCAGUCUCCAGCUUCUGGGGUAGAGGGUAAUGCCAGGAAGGCCCAGUCAGCAGCUGCCUCAAGUUCUUCCAGAAAUGAUUGGACGCGGAGGUCAAGUAGUAAGCCAAGCAAGUAUGAGAAGAAGACAGUAAUAUUUGGUGACAGUACAGAGGAAGAGGACAACACUUCACACUUCCUCGGCAUCAUCCGGAAAAGUCUGAAAGAAGCUUUGGAGGGACUGCUUGCAGCAGCUGAGCUGUAUUACCGUCAGAAGGGCAGUCGUGCUGUGACCAGACCCCAGGCCUUACAAGAGACGUUUGAGCUAUGUUCAGAUGUCGUUGUACAGAAAUUACAGUCUUACUAUCAACAAUCUGAUGAAUAUCAUAACCAAUGUCUACAAGAAUUGCGACAUCAGCUAACACAGCUGGAGAAAUUGGUGGCUCACAUUCCACAGCUGGUUGUUUCUGACUUUGUCAAGGAGCAGAUUGAAUUAUCUAAGUCUGCUAGGACUGGAUUUGAGGCACAGUUCAAGCAAAUACAAGAAAAUCUGGAAGAAAAACAAAAAGAGCACCAGCAUUUACUGCGACCAGCAUUAGGACAUCCCCACCAGAAAGACAAGCUAGAGUCACUGUGUCAGACAGAGGUGGAGAGACAUCAGGAAUAUCUUGAUGCUGUAGAAAAACAUACAAAAACACUCCAGGACAAUGCAGUGGAUAAUGCCAGAAAAUUUCUUGAUGCUCUUGCAAGAAUGUCAGAGAAUCAACUGCUUCAGUUUGAUAAUGAACUAGUGGUUGAUGAUGUAGAAAAAGGACGCAUAGAUCCCACCAAAUACCCGACCACAGAAUUGAUACGUAGAAAGAAUGCUGGAGAACCACUAGAAGAUAGUGAGGAUAAAGAUGCCCUGCCUCGUGGCAAAAAUACAUGGACAGGUUUACCUCACAAUGAGCUUGUAGCUGGUGACAAGCCAGACAAGCCACAGCUGACAGCAUCUGUUACCACUGCUAAAACAACACUGGCUCAUAAUGCUACUGUGAAGGCUAGAGACGGAGCUUAUCAGGAGUACAAGGCACAGUUUGAGAGAGCUCUUCAACAAAUAGAGGAUGAGAAACAGCGAUUGCUGGUUGCUGAGCAACGCUGGAUGGAUAGUUGGAAUACCUCGGUUGAGAAAGUUAAAAUGCUGUACUGAUAUGUGAUACAAGACAUUUUGAUAAAUAGUGUGAUAGUAAAGUAUAAAUUUAUUCCAAUGAAUGAUGUGACAUUUUUGCAUGAAAGCGGUUUCUUUUUCAAAAAUAUGGAAAACUGCCUUUACAUAAAAAGAAUGCAAUAUCUAAGUAUGUAUGUUGUGAUUUGCAUAAAAGUGAUUCAAGUUUUGAAUUCCGUUGCCUCAGAGUAAAACUAUUCUAUAUUUUAUGCUGUAAACUGUUGAUACACAAACAGUUUGUAUUCUGUAGACUGUAUUAUUUAUCUGGUGAUCUUAUUAUUUAUAUAAAAGCCUUAUACAUUAUAAUUUUUUGGUUUUUGUCAAAAAAGAAUACUUCCGUCCAUGUAAGCAUUUUACAUAGAAACUGGGUGUAUUGUGUACUUAUGUCUGUGAUAUUUCUACAUUCCAAGUAAGAAUUUUGGAAUAAAAGUGAUUUUACAGUU